CUAGACAUUAUACGCUACCACGCUACCGAAGUUCACCCUUGUCCGAUUCAAUUUCAAUAGUCGGCCACUCUAAUAACCACCCCAAACUCUUUAUAUUCCCCUGACCCAAACUCAAUCUGUCUUUCUAGAACCCCCCUCCAGUACGUCAUUCGAGAAAGCAACCUUGGUCCUGGCUUCUUCCACGACCCCUGUCGCACUGGAUACCUUGAAGAAUAUGAUCUCAAUCGCAAUCUCAAUCGUAAUGUUAUGCUUCUGUUGAAUACUACAAUGAUCGUCGGUCUUGCCCUGCUAGAUUGCUGGCUGGCUGGCUCUGAGCUCUGUUCACUGACUAUCCCUAUUCCGUACGAAGUACGGAUAGACAACCGUUGUUUCGAGAGCCGACAUCCUUGUACCCAUAUGCAUAUACUCAUGAACCUCCCUCUGAUAUUACGGACUAUUAUGGAUGAAAUAAUAGAAACAGAAACGCCCUGCCUAUCGUCCCAACCACUGACACCGACAGUUCGACGUUUCAGCCUCAUCUGACACGUUUCACCAUCGAAACGGCGACCGCUCCUGCCAGCUGCCAGCUGCCGAAUUUGACACUGACACUGACACCGUCCUGUAUUAAUCCUGUCGAGCUUCAAACCGGUGGAGUUGUCUCAGUGUCUGACGGCGACGACUUAUGAGACGAUGCAGUCCGUCCUCGCGUGGUGUGUUUCAGAGUUGAUACGGCUCGUGGAAGGGACGUGCUUGGUGUUUGCUAUUCGGGACAUGGUUUUGUUUUGGAAGUAGAGAGAAAGGGGGGGGGGCGAUGUUGCAUGUUUAGAAUGGGACUGUAUAAUAGUCAGAUAUUGCAGUUAUUGUCAGAGUC